GGGGUGUUCCAGCUGUUAUUGUAGCCAUAUCAUUAGGUCUUGAUUUCACUGACAUAGACCCUGAUUUCAAACCAAUGUAUGGUGAGGGGAUCUGCUGGAUAUCUCAACGGUACCCUCUACUUCUAUUCUUCACCUUACCUAUUGCUAUUACCAUCUUACUCAACAUUGGAUUCUUCAUUCCAACAGCCAUCAUUCUUUGGAAAUCAAUGAACCAACGGACAAAGAGAUUAAACAGGCCCACAGAAUAUCCAUUUGCUAUAUACGCCAAGUUAUUCUGUCUACUAGGCUUCACAUGGAUCUUGGCAUUCAUUGCACCAUAUAACAUAGCUUUAUGGUAUAUAUUCAUCAUUCUAAAUGCAAGUCAGGGAGUGUAUAUAUUCCUUGCUUUUGUUUUGAAGAAACAGGUUUGGGAUGAUUUCAAUCUCUCAGCAAAGUCUAACAAAUCACAGGGUACAACUGCAACUAACCUUUCUUCAAAAGCAAUCACUUCUCAGCACAAUAACCCAACAAACCAAACAGAAGGUCCAAUUUCAACAGAUAGUGAUAACGAUAAAAAAGAUUCUGUUGCGAAUAAUAUGGAAGAAACAAAUGUGGAUUCUGUAAGGAUAAACUUGAGCAGGGAAUUGAAAAUUGAUAUGAGUAUGAAAGAGAACACGAAAACGGAA